AUGACAUCUUUAUCUAUAUCAUUAAAACCAUCUUAUACCGUAUGUAGUAAUAAAAGUGAAGGUAUAUCUCGAUGUGAAGGAUGCUUACAAUUUGAUGUUCCCUUAGCAUUAAUAUCGAUCAGUGGAACAUCCACCUUAUCUUACGAAGGCUUUGGAUGGUCAAGCGAUAAUGAUAUUUAUUGUCCUGGUGGUGGAACAAAAGUUAAUGCAAAUUUUCGAGAUAAAGUUAAAUGUUGA